AGUAACUGAUGAGUAGCUGAGCGCUCCCGUCUAAACCGUCUUUUGUACUCUUCCUGUACAUAAAUAUCGCAACGUAUGGCAUUUCUGUAAUAAUGCGUUCACUGGAUCAUUUACUUUACCAGAUGAAUGAUCAACAAGAUUGAUGUAAUUGCUUCUGCUAAAGCUUCGGUCCUUUCCAUUUGUAGACACUAUCACAAUGACAAGUUGACCAUAGUUGUAUAUUACUGUUAUUCUUAAGUCUGUUUUUGUUUUGCAAAGAUUCGUUUUAAACGUUUUAAGCUGCUUUCACGUUUCACUUAAUGAUUUACUCUGUUAACUAGUGUUCACACCAUCAUGACAUGAUUCACACUGACCUUUAUAUUCAUGUAAAGUUAAUAGAAAGCCAAAACCUAUAAAGCUAAGUCCCGAUCUGACAGCCUGCAUUCGAAAAAGGCGUUUCGCAUGCAUUCUGCAGAGAUGUCAUCACCUGUUAACGUUAUAGUGGUUGGAGUUGGAAACAGAGGAGAAAACUAUUCCGACUAUGCUAUGAUUUAUCCUGACCGCAUGCGGUUAGUAGGAAUUGCCGACCCAAGGGAUUUUGCUAGAAAGAAAAUCCAGGAGCGUCACAAAGUUGCCAGUGAAAACACGUUUGAUGAUUGGCGUUGUAUAGUGGAGAGAGAAAAGUUUGCAGAUGCUGUUUUGAUCUGCACUCCUGAUCGCCUCCAUAAGGAUCCUGCUGUUGCUUUAGCCAAGAAAGGCUAUCAUAUACUGCUGGAGAAACCAAUGGCUGUUACUGAGGACGACUGCUCAGAGAUCGUAGAGACUUGCAUUCAGAGUAAAGUCAUGCUGACAGUGUGCCAUGUCCUCAGAUACGACCCUGUGAUUCACAAAAUUAAAGUGUUAAUUGACAGAGGUGUGAUUGGAGAUGUUAUCCACAUUCAGCAUUUGGAACCGGUGGGGUUUUAUCAUUUUGCUCACUCAUUUGUUAGAGGGAACUGGAGAAAUGAAGCCGAAAGCUCUUUUGCUCUGUUAGCCAAGUCCUGCCAUGAUUUGGACCUCAUUCAUCAUUGGGCUGGUGGACGAAGGUGCAUCAAAGUUUCGUCUUUUGGAUCCCUUAGCCACUUCAGAAAAGAGAACAAGCCAGCAGGAGCAGGAAAUCGAUGUUUAGACUGCCAUGUAGAGGGUGAUUGUGCAUACUCUGCAAAGAAAAUCUAUUUGGAUCGAGUGAAAAAAGGGCAUAAUGGAUGGCCAGUAUCGGUGAUCUGUUCCAACUCAGUUCCUGAUAUUGAAUCUGUCACUGAAGCCCUCAGAACUGGACCUUAUGGGCGCUGUGUCUAUGAAUGUGAUAAUGAUGUCUGCUCAAAUCAGGUGGUAAACAUGGAAUUUGAAGGAGGCCUGACUGCUGCUUUAACUAUGGUUGCAUUUACAGAAGAAAUUUGUAAACGCAGAACCAGCAUUCAUGGUAGUAAGGGGGAACUGACAUAUGAUGGACAUGAGAUCAAAGUGUUUGACUUCCUCACAUCUAAGACAACAAAGCAAACAGCGGAUAUGAAUGUUCCAGGCAACUUUAGCAAAGGGGGUCAUGGGUCUGCAGAUUAUCACCUGAUCGAUUCCUUUAUUGCAGCUGUGAUGAAUAAAGACCCGGCUCUGAUUCGAUCCGGUCCUGAGGAGACAUUAGCAAGUCAUAAACUUGUGUUUGCGGCUGAACGUGCUCGACUGGAGAACAGAGUUGUGUUCUGUGAUGAGCAGAAGAGCUAAUGAAUGGAUAAGAUGUUUACACUUCACUCCUAAAUCACACUCACUUUGUUGCAAACAUUAUUUUGUUAACGUACUGUAUGUGACUUGUAAUCUCUUGUCAGUUUUUCAGUGAUUUGAAAAAUGGACCAAAUGUAAACUAAAUCAGUUAAUACGUUUUUAAUAACAUUUCCUGUUUUGAACCAUGAACAUCCUUGAUGUGGCCUAUAAAAGCAAUAACAAAGCCUGUUUCAUAUUUCAGUUACAAGGCUAUUAAUCAUGAGAGCACUGAUAAAAAUGAAGGAAGCUUAUAUAGUUACAAUAGAUGUUAUCAUCACAUUUUAAUAGUUUUUAGCUGGCGUUCAAAUGUUGAUGUAAAGAUGCACUUUACAGAAUAAUAGAAAAGUAAAAUACAUUUUGAUGAACAAAAAUUAUCUAAAUGUUUCUCUUCAUUUGCAUAGGAAAUAAAAAUGUCUAAAUAAAAGGACUAAAGGGAGAAAAUUAAACUCCUUCUGUCCUGCCGGUUAUGAAAUCCAUUGUAACUGUAAUUUUGUUAACGUCCUGUAGAUGGCAGAGUUAGCACCAAAAACAACAAAGUCUGUUUGCUGUAGAGAUCAUUGAAAGCUUUUCAAACAAUUUCCCCAAAGAUACAGAUGAAAGAAGUCAACAGAAAAGGGAUUUUUGACAGGACUGUGAGUUUAGUGUCACAGUCAUGACGUCAUAUUGAAGUCACAACAUUGCAGUCUGUCCACACAGUUCCCAACUGUCUGUUUACAGCCUCUGUGGGCUGGUUAUCUCAGUGGAACAGAUUACAAAACAAUUACACAUAACACACAUCAGACAUCCAUGGGUAAGAAAUUCCACUUACUAUACAAAAAAAUUGUAUAACUGUCUGUUUCAUAUAUUUUGUUUAGAAUCAUAAAAUAAUAUCUAUACACACAGAUUUUUUUAAACAAAGUUUCACGAUAUGUGUUUUGUUUGGAGAUUGGUGUACUUGUUUUUUUAUGGCUUUUCUUCUGUUACAGUCCUUUUAUGUUUCUUGAGAGCCAUGACACCUCUGCAAGCAUUUUGAUCAAUUAAUUGACUCACAUGUUAAAUUAACGCUGUCUUCUUGACGUAACGUUUAUAAUACAGGAUUAGCCACAUUGUGCCACUCUGUUCACUGGCCACUUUACAACUUGCAUAGUUUUGUUAUGACUUUGAAGGUGGGUACACACAUGAACUCACUGAAUGAGUAAUGAAUCAGAUGACGGCUUAGCUCCCACCUUUAUCAUGAGCAUUAUAAAGAUGGAUUUGAUUAUUUGUAUAAUUGCCAAAGAGCCCACAGAAACCAAUCUGAAUGGCCAAGACCAAAUGGUUUCCAAAAUCAGGAUGUAUCAUCGUGAGCUCAGCUAGAGAACCUUGUGGUUCAUCAAACACAGCUGUUGACUCAUACAAAAGAAGAAUUUUUGGAAAAGCAGAUUUUUUUAGAUCGGAUUCUUGAUGAGUUGGUUAUACAUGCAUGCAUCGUUUGUAUUGAGUUAUGUGACAUUGCAAAAUCAAAGCAUAGUUUUGUUGCAGGUCGUUUUAUUAUCUUGCCGUUUAUUAUGGCAGUUUUACAGAUAUUAAAAAAAAUCUGGAAGGUUUGUGAAACUAUGUUCAUUCAAUUGUUUAUGUGCGUCGAGAGGAUGGAAUCAGCAAAAAGCAGGGCCAGGAAUUCGAGUUACUGUUAAACAUGACUCUGAUUUGGUGAGUCACAGGAUGUAGCUUGUGAGGUGAGUGGAGGCAGUCGCCUCCCCGGAUCCCAAAACAAGUUCCUGGCUGGGACCUCAGAGGAAACUAGUUGGACUAAACAGAAAGACUGCUUCCGUAUUUAUAGGCGGAUACAGUCAGUUCCACACAUGAGUAUUCACUCCCUUACCUCUUAUCUCUUCUGGCCUUAAAAAGCAUAAACAUACUUAGAAAAUAAAUGUGAUUAAAAUUAUUCCGAUAAUUUUUGUCAUCUUAAAGUCAUACAGAGGAAAAGUGCUUCCGUGACAUCAAUGUUGUUGAUUUUUGUUUGUGAUAAAGUCAGUGAAAAUUAUUAUCAUUUCACAAAAUGUUUAAAAAUUCUUUCAGAACAUUGAUUUUUAGUUUCCUUUGUUUCUCAUUUUGCAUGCUCAGGAGCAUUAAAGCUUACCUGCUAAAGCUGUGAAACUAUAAAGGAUACAAAUAUAAAGGAUGGUCAUUUAAUGCCCUCUAAAUCAUCACAUUUCGCGAUUAAAAAUCUUACUGUGACACUAUUGUAAUUAAAACUUAUUAAUUAUAAUGUUUAAAAAACGUGUCCUUUUCUGUAAACACAACACAUGCAAGUAAAUGAAUUACUUUAAAUGAUCCUAGUUAUCUUUUGCUUUCUUAUUCCUCUAUAUCUGCCUCUUUUGUAUUCCUCUCUGGAGAUCUGAUUCUCUGGAGCUCAGCCUAAAGAAAAAAGCACUUUUUGAGAAGAUUAAUGUGCUGGCCUUUUCUUCACAAUGCACUGCGGAAGGCACCCCUCUGGGUGAGUAAACCUCAUGCCCCUUCUGUUGCCUGGAUCCAUGGGCAAUUGAGUGACCCGUCCUGCCUUAUCCCAGGCAAACAAAAGUCUUUUUUAUAGAUUCUUUACACGUGUGUGUGUGUACGUGAGCAGAUAUUUAGUAGUACAGUGGUGCCAUGGAGUGACGGGCAUCCAGUGUCUUUGCAUGACUCCGCCUUCCUGAAGCUUAUUGGUGUGCUCGGUUACAAAGAGUCUUACUCAUAAGAAAAAAUGCAGUGGGUGAUCUGAGCCGCUGCGGCCUAUUAAAACAACAAGACAAAAAGCUACUCAACAGCCCAUUCAGAUAGAUGGUGACAUCCUGGCAAGCAAACAAUGUAAUUUAUAAUCUUAUAAAUUAAUGAAUAAAAAAGAAGUUGCAUUUCUAAUACCCGGCAAAUCAAACUAAAGUGUAUAUGCAGUUGUUUUCUGUUGAUCCAGCUUUGCCCCAGAGAUAAAGAAUGUCUCCAGAGCACAAAAUCCGGCUGUAGGAAAUGCUUAUGGUCACCUGGAUGUUCUUUUCCCCUUUGCCAUGCAAAAUAUUCUCCAGCUGCCAUCACUCAUGCAUCAGAGAACUCAGCCAGAACAUCUGGAACAUAAACUAAAAAGAAGCAUGUAUGUUGAGGGGAACACUCUGUGAAUUGACAAAACAUGCAUGGAGAGCAGUCCUUGUUAAACUUUCGCCUUGAAGUUUAUUGCACGUAAUUCCUCCAUUGCCUCUGAUAGACCUGUACAUUUUAUUUAUGAUUAAAUGUUUAUGCUCCGCUUCAGACAACAUAACAGGUUAAUUUGGAUCAAUUUUGUACAUCAAGACAUAAUAUUUAAAUAUUUCUUUCCUGGAGAAAUCAUUAGUGGUUUUUAGAUAAAGUCAUGCACUGUGCUCGCCUACCUGGGAGCACUUCGUUUUGACCACACACCCACAGCUGAUUCUCCGAAAGGACCGAUAUUCAAGAUAUGGUGUUUCUGAAGGCUGAUUUUAGGGUUGAUAUGAGGCCCACGGGGUGCCUAUUGUUCAUGGUUUUCACAGGAAGUUGGUUAAGUCACAAAGACCAAGAGGUUCACGUGGGAUACUGCUAGAAGAGUUAUAUGAGACUGGAGUUACAUUAUAUGGUCUUUAUAUGUACUACCACAAGAUUGUAGGUUACUGUAGGUCGAUUUUCAGUUACUGUAUGUUCAGAUCAUGACUCAUAACCCAUUUACUUCGAUCAUUGAUUGUACAGUUCAGUCCUUCCUCAUCAAUAAAACAAUUUUAUUUCCUGAUUAGGAAUGUAAGCAAUUUUACGAUCACACCUGUCAAACAUUUUCAAGAUAAAGUUCAAUGAUAUUCAAGUUUAUUUCCAUAUCUUGUGAUUCACCUAAAAAAAACCCACAUUGAAUGCACAGUAAAAUAAUUGCUUUCGUUUCUUAGUGUUAGUUUUCUUACUGUUGCAUAUUUGUUACCCAUUAAAGGCUGUGAUAGUGUU